AAAGAGAGAGUCGCAGACAUAUAGAAAAGAAGAAGGCCUCUGGAAUUUUCUUCACCCUCCAGCAAUCCUAUACCCUAGCUCCACAUCUCUCAUCCUCCCUUUGCGUUCCUCUUGAGGUGCUUUUCUUUUCCUUCUUUAUUUCUCUUCUGCAGAUUCCCCUCUCUGUCCCCCCUUCUAAUCCCCCAAACCCUUCUUCUCUCUUCCGCGUUUUUUUCCUCCUUUCGCUGAUCGCUAGAUCUCUCGGCGGGAUUGGACCGACAUCGAUCAAAGAAGAUGGCGGAAGAACAUAGAUGCCAAGCUCCGCGCCUUUGUGCCAACAACUGCGGCUUCUUCGGUAGUCCUGCGACGCAGAAUCUCUGUUCCAAAUGCUACAGAGAUUUGCAGCUCAAGGAGCAACAAUCCUCUUCGGCCAAGCUGGUUCUCAAUCAGUCCAUAGUCCCUCAGCCGUCCACGGCGGAGAAAUCGGAGUCAUCUUCGUCGUCGCUGGAACCUGUUGCCGAUCUUUCGUCUUCGGUUGCUGUUGCGGCUGAUCCGGCGCCUCAGGCGGAGGAGCCGAAGAGCGCUUCACCGGCUCAGCCGAAUAGGUGCAUGACGUGCAGGCGGCGCGUGGGGCUCACCGGGUUCAAGUGCCGGUGCGGGUCGACGUACUGCGGGGCCCACCGAUACCCGGAACAGCACGGGUGCGAGUUCGACUUCAAGACGAUGGGCCGGGAGCAGAUCGCGAAGGCCAAUCCAAUAGUGAAGGCCGAUAAGCUAGAAAAGAUCUGAGGAGGAAGGGUGUUAUGGUCAUGUCGCGUGUGUGAUUAUAUUUCAUUUGGGAAAGGUAUUCGGAUCUGAAAUUUGGGUCGGUCAUCGGGUCAUUAGUGGUUGGAGGGUCGUGGUUCGGACGCUGUUGGCGGUUGGUUGUUGGUGGAUUGGUGGGUUGGGGAGCAUUAUUCUCACGCCGUUGAGCCAUGAUGUAAAUUUCAAUGAAUUAAUAAAUGUUUAAUUAAAUACAUUUGUCUAA